CUUCUACACUGCCAAAGCUUGGCGUCAUACAUCUAUCAAACGAGCCACACAUACUCGUGAACAUGUCACCUUAACACCAGAGCCACUUCAACCCGAUCGUGCCCGCCGACCCACAUACGCUCGUUACCCUCCAAGCGACUCAACGAUGAGCUCCUCCACGAGCAGCACCUCCACGGCGGCGCCCGCCGCAUCUCCAGCAGCAGCAGCAGCCGCCGCCGCCAUCGCACCAAUCGAGAUCCUCACAACGCCCGAAUCGCGCUUCUACGCCAACCUACACCCAAUCCUCCUCCUGUCGAUCUUCAUCGCCGCCUUCCGCAGCCUGGUCGCCGACCCGCUCAACACCCUGCUAGGCCUGGCGCCCACGGUAGCCAUCCUACAAGCCGCGUAUUGCGUGCUGUGUUUGCCUUCGUCGGGGAACCCGUCGACCGCACCGGCCAAGCCGGGCCAGAAGAAGAAGAAGGCGGCGAAGCCGACGCAGGAUCUGGCUGCUAAGAUUGUGGUAUGUCCUUUUCCCCAUUCUUUCUUUCGCAAUACUUCGGGAGGAGGUGGGUAGAGAGUGGUUUUGAAGGGAGGGCAGAGAGGGAACAGGGAGCGAAGGAGCUCCAUCUCCUCUUUGUUUUGAAGAGCAUUCAGAGCUGACACAUUAUCUCACAGCCGGCCUGUCUAUCUUUCGUGCUGACCAUCUUCCUCACCGCGCCCGUGCUCUAC